CAAAGAGAAGGGAUGCGUCACUGGAUUAGUGCCUGAGAACCUGCCCCAGCCUCUUCUUCCUCCUGAGCCUGCUGAGACGCCUCCAGAAGGGCACAACACUCGCCGCUCGCUUUCCCUCCACCAAGCCUUCCACAUGAGCCAGCCAAGCCUUACCUCCGCACCAGGAUGAAGAAAAACAAGAAAGCACGCAUGAUCCUGUUUCUCCUGCUGCUUCACUAUGGAUCGGGACAAUCGGAUUAUGCCCCAUAUUUUUACGACAAUGGUCCUGGAAGCACAAAUGGGAAUAUGGCCUUUUUCAGCAUCUCUGAGGAUACACCCCUUGGAAAACAGGUUUACAUUUUGAACGGUACCGACCCAGAGGAGGAUCCGGUACGAUACGGCCUCACUUUUGAAAAGGGCUCAACAGAAUAUUUCAGGGUAGACCCCAAAUCAGGAAACGUAACUCUGGUUAAGGAGCUCGACAGAGAGAAACAAGAUGAAAUCUCAGUCACCGUGAGCAUAACAGAUGGUCGCAAUAAAGUUGUAGAGACAGUGAGAGUGUUUGUGACGGAUGCCAAUGAUGAGCCACCUGAGUUUGAAAACCUGCCUUUCAUCAUUGAUGUUCCAGAGGAUACUGCUCCAGGAAGUAGCAUCUACAGAGUCCAUGCAGUGGAUAAAGACCUGGGCUCAGGAGGGAGUGUUUCCUAUUACCUACAGAGUUCCUCAUUUGCCAAGUUCACAAUUGAUGGACACAGUGGGAUCCUCAGGGUCAAACCUGGAGAGAUGCUGGACUACGAAACCACAACAACACAUUUUCUGACAGUGGUUGCAAAGGAUGGAGGUGGGAAGUACAAAGGGAAGGAGCAGGUAUUGACUUCCACAGCAACUGUAACCAUCAAUGUCCUUGAUGCCCAGGACAUGCCUCCAACCUUUGUGGGAACUCCAUAUUUUGGCUACAUCUAUGAAGUCUCAGUCCCAGGUUCUGAAAUCUACACCGUGUAUGCUAAAGAUGGAGAUCAAGGCAAUCCCAACAGUAUACAUUAUUCCAUUAUGAAUGGCAGUGAAGGUGUUUUUGAUAUAAAUAGCACCAGUGGAUGCAUCACUCUAAACACCCUCCCAUCUCUGCUGAAAAAGGAGCUUUAUGAAAUUAAAGUUCUGGCAUCUGAGGCUGGGCCAAACAGUCAAAUACAGGACCAUGAUAUCACCACAGUCACGGUCCGGGUGGUGGAUCUUAACAACCACCCUCCGACCUUUUACGGAGAAAACGGACCACAAAGCAAGUUUGAGGUCACAAUGUUUGAGCACCCACCUGCUGGGGAGAUCCUCCGAGGCUUUAAGAUCACAGUCAACGACUCAGAUCAGGGAGCAAAUGCCAAAUUCAAGCUUAGACUUGUGGGGCCAAGCCGAGUGCUUCGAGUGGUUCCACAAACUGUCCUGAACGAAGCUCAGGUGACCAUCAUCGUAGAGGACACCUCUGGUAUCGACUAUGAAAAGGGACCAACCCUCUCAUUUAAGCUGCUGGCGGUGGAGAUCGACACGCCGGAGCGCUUCAGUGCAACAGCAGACAUUGUGAUCAACCUGCUGGACAUGAACGACAACAUCCCCACGUUCACAUCCGAGUAUUACAUCGCCCGAGUGGCUGAGAACUCUCCAGGAGGCUCCAGCGUUGUGUCUGUUACUGCAAAUGAUCCAGAUUCUGGUUCCUGGGGGGAAGUCAAAUACACGAUUUAUGGAUCAGGAUCAGAUUUGUUUGCCAUCAACCUGUCAUCAGGCCUCAUCACCACUCAGCCCUGGACCAGCCUGGAUGCUGAGGUCAGGUCCAAAUACAACUUUUACGUCAAGGCCGAAGACUCAGAAGGAAAGUACGGCUUGGCUGAAGUCUUUGUCACAGUUUUAGACAUGAAUGACCACCCUCCAGAGUUCGACGACAAACUCCUGGAGAAGACCAUGAUCAUUGGCACACCUGUCAAAGUUCAGGCAGUGGAUGAAGAUGCAGAAUCCCCAAACAACGUCAUUGAGUACUCCAUCAUGACAGCCGACCCAGACAAUGCUUUUGACAUCAACUCAGACACCGGGGAGAUCAAACUGAAGCCCUUUAUCAAGUCAAUGGAGAUUGUGCACAACAUCACCAAGCAGAAGGACUGCAAGUGGUCUCUGGUGGUCCAGGCCAGAGACCGAGGCUCUCCAUCCUUCAGCACAACAGCUGUGGUCAAUAUUGAUAUCACAGAGGCGACUCCUCUCAAGGGGCCUAUGGCAGCCUUUUUACUGAAAAGUAGGGACAAUCCUUUGAAAGCUCUAGGCAUGGUCACUUUUAUCAUUAUUGUAUUGGUAGGAGCAACAGUUGUGAUAUCUACGGCCAUGUACAUGCGCAACUCAAAGUCCAACAGGAUCAUGCCAGUGAGGCGCAUCAUCAAGAGGCGACCCAGGGAGCAGCAGACCUGGACCUGCAAGAUGCCCAUUAUCAGGUUCACCAACCCUGCUGAGAAGUUCCUUGUUGCUGACCCAGAAAGCAGCACACAGCAGGAGACCGGCAGCCCAAGGAUGAAGCCUCCACCUCCCAUUGCUCCGUGUCUGCCCCCUCCACCUCCAUGUAGCACUCGAGCUGGUGAGAGGCCUCGAGCGGUUCCAACCAUAUCCGGUGCUUUGGCCUCUAAAGGUUCCAAGAAAGCAAAGCCUGGCCGUCGCAAAGAGGGAAACAUCAGCUCUGCUUUGGUGUCUGAGCUUAAAAUGAAGCUAGAGCAGAAAAUACAUGAGAAUAACCAAGGUUAUUAUUAAACAUGUGGUUUCAGGUUUUCCCUGGUGGCUCUACUGCCCCCUUGCCUGUAAUGGUCCAUGUAAGGACUGGCAGGUGACCUACCUUUAAAUAAACAACAAUAAAGUAAUAAAGGGGGUUACAAAUAUUUAGAUCAUAAGAUGUUAAAGAAGUAAGCUGCACUGCCUCCUCAGUUGACCUAGAUUUAGUGAAGGAGAGAGUUGGAGGUGCAGUUGCAGAUAAUUCAUCACACUGCCAUCUUGAGGAGGAUUUUACUUACCAGUAGAAAGCAUCACUGUAAAUUGUCCAAAGAAAGGAUUACAAAGACUUAGUGUACAAAAGCUGCAUAACUUCCUGUUCAAACACCCUGUUUCCAACGCAGAGAAAAAUUUCCACCAAAAUAAUGAAAAGUAUUGCUCAGUGGAGCGUGCAGGUAAAUUACAAGGUCAUGGGUGUAAAAUCAGCUCAUUAUGAAGUGCUAAAAGACCUGUGUGUUAGUAUUUUUACUGUCAGCCGCUUCAAAGCUGCUCCUUCGUAUGAAUACAAUGUGCCACUGUAGUAACACGAGCCUGCUUAAGUUUGAGUACUUGUAGGAAAAUGCUUUUGUAUAAAUUUGCAUGGGUCCACUUUAAAUGUAUGACAUUGUAUUAUUUGUUUUUUUUAUAUAUAUAUAAUUUUGAGUAUGAAAAUAUUCUAAGUUGUCUUUUUAAAAAAUGCAAAGAAAUGCUCCACUAGUUGGAUGUUGUAGGUAAAAUUUAGCUUGAAAAGUUGGGGCGGACUUCAUGAUGUGUUGAUAACUCACUUCAUUAUAAACACAUGACUAUAUCAUAACUUUAAGAUGAGAUGAUCUAUACACCAUCAAUAUGAAUUUCACAUGCCUGGUAUUUUAAAAUAACAUUUGUAUUGUCUUUGUACUGUCUUGAUUUUAAAUAAAUACAUGAAAAUUA